AUGUGGCCAAACAGUAUCUUGGUCCUCACCGUGUUCCUCAUUUCCUCUACUCUGGUAACUGGAGGCGGAGUCAAAGGCGAUAAAGAGAAAGGAGUUUGCCCACCGGACAAUGUCCGCUGCAUCAGGCAAGAGGACCCCCAGUGUUACAGUGACAGCAACUGUGACGAUCAGCAGAUAUGCUGCUUCUGGCACUGUGGCUUCAAAUGUGUGCAGCCCGUGAAAGACAUGGAGAGCAAUGGAGCCCUCGGGAGUAAGGUGUGA